UUUCUUCUUCCCCCAUCUUCAUCUUCCUCGUAGCGCCGGUGCUACAUCUCCAGACUGCCCCUGCUCCGUGCGGACCCACUCUCCAGCGCGACUGCACGGCUGUUGUUCCCGCGGGUGGAGAUGGCGGCGGUCAACCUCCUCGCUGAGUCUGCCGCGGUGCGCUUGAGGGCGUCGGCGCCGCCGGGCGCGGGGGAGGAGCUCGCGGCCAGGCUCACGGAGUGCAGGUUCCCCGCCACGGCGCGUCGAGGGGGAGCGGUCGCGGGGGCUGGGGAGAGCGCGCGCAAGUGGAGGGAGAUGGCGGCCAGGAAGGAGGAAUUCCUGCUGCGGAGCCGGGGCCGAGUCGCAUGGACGAUCGUCGCGCUUUGCUGUGGCUCGCAUGCGUCCCACAUCCUGCACUCGCUCGGUAUCCAUGUCGACCACGGAACGUUUUUUGGAUCUGUUGCAUAAUCCUUAUGUGAAAUGUGGCAUUGCUACAACUGCUUUGUUUGGGUUUGGAAGAGGUCACGGAGGCUGACAUUGAAGAAUUUGAAGCUAAAUAUAGAGGGUCAGAUUCUGAGAAAACGGACUUGAAGGAACUCUACACAAAAUAUAAGGGCAACAUGAACAGGAAUAAUUAUCUCUUAUAUCAUAUUGUAAAAUCUGAAACAGUUCUCAUGUAGAUGGUUAGCUUGCAUUUUACGCUACAAUUACCUCAGAUCACUUCUUGUUGUAUCUUACACCAAUUUACGAAAUUUCUUGAUGUGUUUUAUGACAACCUCAUGCGCUGAGAGAUACAUUCGGUCUACAUUCGUUAUUAUGAAACAGAUGGACGAUUUACGCUACAAUUCAUACU